UCCCUCCUCCCCUCUGUCUGUCUGCUGCUCCACGGUCCGCUCUCCUGCCCGGCCCGACCUCUGCUGCCUCUGCCCGGCCACACACCCAGACGGACCCUGCUAACUCCGGGACGCGACACGAGGCCAAAGAAUCCACCGCCCGGAGACGCCAAACCUCAGCGGGACACCGGAGUGCGCGGACCUGCCUCUAUCACCCCCACUGUGCCGCCGCGAGAGGCUUCUGCUUGUUGUUUCCACCGCAAUAAUCACCCAAAGAAGAGGGAAAACAUGUCGCACUCAAUGGAAAGAUGUAAAAAGCAGCGUGGAUACUAAACUUGAGUAGACUUCGCCCCUCUGCGCACUGGCGGAGUAGCGGUCCGUUAGAUUUUGUGACUACAGCCGUCGCCGAGAGCGUGUGGAUUCAGGAAAAGUAGAAAACAUACAGCAAACGUGACACUACGGACAGGAACUCAAAGACAAGAUGCUGUCAGAGCUGAGCGACUGGUUCUGGCAGGAGCGGCUGUGGUUCCCCAAAGGUCUGGGUUGGGCCGACCUGGAGGACAGGGACGGGCGAGUUUAUGCCAAAGCCCGAGACCUGUGGGCGGCCCUCCCCAUCGCGGUGGCCUUCCUCAUCAUACGACAGAUAUUUGAAAGGACCGUAGCCACACCUCUGGCUUCUCUCCUCGGGGUCAAAGAGACAGUACGGCUCAAAGCUCCUCACAACCCCACACUGGAGUCCUACUACUGUAACGUCACCAAGACCCCCUCACAGACUUCCAUAGUGAGUCUUUGUAAACAAACUGGACACUCGGAGCGACAGGUGCAGCGGUGGUUCAGGAGACGGAGAAACCAGGACCGGCCGAGUCUACUGAAAAAGUUUAGAGAGGCCAGCUGGAGAUUUACCUUUUACCUUCUUGCUUUCAUUGCUGGCCUUGCCUCCCUCAUUGAUAAACCCUGGUUAUACGAACUGAAGGAGAUGUGGGAGGGCUUUCCUGUUCUGACCGUCCUGCCCUCUCAGUACUGGUACUACAUGAUCGAGCUGGGCUUCUAUUGCUCUCUACUCUUCAGCGUGGCCUCUGACGUCAAGCGCAAAGAUUUUAAGGAGCAGAUCGUCCACCAUGUUGCGACCAUCCUCCUCAUCAGCUUCUCCUGGUGUGUCAACUACAUCCGAGCUGGAACUCUAAUCAUGCUGGUGCACGACUCUGCGGACUACUUCCUGGAGUCUGCAAAGAUGUUCAAUUAUGCUGGAUGGAGAAAUGCCUGCAACUACAUCUUCAUUGUGUUUGCUGCAGUUUUCAUCGUCACUCGUCUUGUGAUCUUUCCCUUUAGGAUUAUUUACUGCACAUGGAUCUACCCAGUGACAGUCUAUGAACCUUUCUUCGGGUACUACUUCUUCAAUGGACUCCUAAUGGUGUUACAGUGUCUUCAUAUCUUCUGGGCUGUUCUCAUUAUAAAGAUAGCUGUCCGCUUCCUUACCAACAACGAAAAAGUUGACGAUGAACGAAGCGACAAGGACGAAACAGACUUAUCAGAGGACGAAGAAGAGGAAUUUGAGAAAAAGGACAUAAAGAAAAAUGGACCAGUGCAGAACGGGCACUCAGUUCACAACAACAAUCACAACCAUAACCACAAUCACCAACAUCACAGCAAGAUGGAGUGAGACAGAGACCGGACAGAAAGAAGGACUCAAAGCCUCCACUGCUCAGGCUGGAGGCUAGGGAGGGGGCGGACCAGGGCCUAUGUCCCUAAAACCAACGGGUAUCCAAGAAAAACAGUGUUCCUCUUGCACAACACGCAAACACAUCUGUAGAUUUAGGUGAAGCAGAUAACCUCAUACACUACUACACUCUAAAACACAACUACAUGUCUGUUAUUAGAGAAUUCUUUAGGUUUAUUGGGUAUUUCCAACUUUUAGAGAGGUAAGAAAAUGGAGGAGCAAAAGGUGCGUUCACACUUUCACAGAGACCAUAUCAAAAUUGGGACUAAACAAGAACUCAUUUCGGAACUAAACCUUGACUAGAACAGGACUAAACCAGGAUUCGAACUGGACCAAACCAGGUCUACAUGAGGACUAAACUGGGCUCAAACUAGGACCCAACAGGGACAAGUGUGAACGCACCCAAAGUGUUAAACAGAAGCCAUGUUUCUUCUUAAGCUUUCUAUGUUCGACUGUGCCUUACUGCCCCUGGUGGCUGAAAUAUUACACGUUAAUAUUUCCUUUGCUUUGUUGCAACGAUUCUUUGUCUUCUGAAGGAACAAUAGAAACUGAAAGAUGGACAAUUAUAGGGCAUUUAUUCCCUAAAUUAUUAUGACUAUGCAAUUACUCAUUUGAAUCAUGGUCUUUGCACAAAUUGUUGCAAGUUAUAGAACUGACACCAAAUAUGCUAGAUUAAAUGUUUCAUUUUUAACAUGGCGACAGGUACAAAUUUAAUUCAUGUUACGGAGUAUUUAAAUCUUUGGUGCCUACGCAUAGAGCUGUAGCAUUCUGAAGAUAGCUGCAAUUGUGCUGUUUCUGUGCCAUGUUCAUCAUAUCAUGUGCCAUACAUUGUUUAGACUCAUUCAUCAGCGAUGCUGUGCAUUUUAUUUUCAAUCAUAGUUUCAAAUUGUGGCAGAGUCUAUUUUUUUUCAUUACAAAUAUGCAUUAUUCGCCAAUGGACUAUUUCAGCUGUGAGAAAUGAAAUGUUUUAUGUUGCCUUAAGAAAUAAGUAAAUUUUUAGCACCAUUUCUACAAUUAUUUCAAGAAAAUCUCUUUGUUUAUGCUUUAAAUUGUUUUGUACGCCAAGUGCCUUAAGUGUAAUUCGCGGACUACUCUUGCCUCUUUUAUGUAAGUCAUCUUACAUCGUGAACUAUUCUGACUUCCAAUGCAUCGCUGCAUUAUCUGUUACUCAUGUUUUUUUGUUUUUUUUCUAUUUUCAAGCUCUCCAUUCAACUACCUUCUUCUCACUAACACAGAGACCAACCAAUGACCCCUCUCACCAGGGCAAAAUGAAUUGUCCUAUUAAGAGUGUUAUUAUUAUUUUCCAUUUUUGUCAUGAUGCAGAAGUAUUGUCAAUAAUAAAAUCUUAAACAUUGAAUUUAAAAAUUA